AGCAAGCACCAGCCGCACCGCCGCGGCGAGUACAAUGUCUACAGCACCUUCCAGAGCCACGAGCCCGAGUUCGAUUACCUGAAGAGCCUGGAGAUCGAGGAGAAGAUCAACAAGAUCCGAUGGCUGCCGCAGCAGAAUGCCGCCUACUUCCUGCUCUCCACCAACGAUAAGACGGUGAAGCUAUGGAAGGUCAGCGAGCGGGACAAGCGGCCGGAGGGAUACAACCUCAAGGAUGAGGACGGCCGCCUGCGGGACCCCUCCAUGAUCACCAUGCUGCGGGUCCCGGUGCUGCGGCCCAUGGACCUGAUGGUGGAGGCCACCCCGCGCAGGGUGUUCGCCAACGCCCACACCUACCACAUCAACUCCAUCUCCGUCAACAGCGACUACGAGACCUACAUGUCGGCGGACGACCUGAGGAUAAACCUCUGGAACUUCGAGAUCACGAAUCAAAGCUUCAACAUCGUGGACAUCAAACCGGCCAACAUGGAGGAGCUGACGGAGGUGAUCACGGCCGCCGAGUUCCACCCGCACCACUGCAACACCUUCGUCUACAGCAGCAGCAAAGGCACCAUCCGCCUGUGCGACAUGCGCACCGCCGCCCUCUGCGACCGCCACGCCAAGUUUUUCGAGGAGCCCGAAGACCCAAGCAACCGCUCGUUCUUUUCCGAGAUCAUCUCCUCCAUCUCCGACGUCAAGUUCAGCCACAGCGGGAGGUACAUCAUGACCCGGGACUACCUCACCGUCAAGGUGUGGGACCUGAACAUGGAGAACCGGCCCAUCGAGACCUACCAGGUUCACGACUACCUGCGGAGCAAGCUCUGCUCGCUCUACGAGAACGACUGCAUCUUCGACAAGUUCGAGUGCGUCUGGAGGGGUGGCUCACGGUGACCCCGUCCUCCCUCCCCUCGCAGCGUCAUCAUGACCGGCUCCUACAACAACUUCUUCCGCAUGUUUGACCGCAACACCAAGCGCGAUGUGACGCUGGAGGCCUCGCGGGAGAACAGCAAACCCCGCGCCAUCCUCAAGCCGCGCAAGGUCUGCGUGGGCGGCAAGCGGAGGAAAGACGAAAUUAGCGUGGACAGUCUGGACUUUAGCAAAAAGAUCCUGCAUACAGCUUGGCACCCCUCCGAGAACAUCAUCGCCGUGGCAGCCACCAACAACCUGUAUAUAUUCCAGGACAAGGUUAACUAG